UAAAUCUCUCUUCAGAGGUUUUAUAAAGCCGAUGGUUAUUAUGUAGCUCACAGAUACUGUAAUAUUCUUGUGGCAUUCAGCUCAAAGGACAAUAUGUUGUCAACUACGAUUUUUUUAAUUGUUCAAUUUUUGAGCAUACAGGGAGCCAUGGUUAUAGUUUUGGAAGAUGUUGUUUGCCCCAUUUUCAGUGAGGAAUAUUUUACAGAACCGGAUACUUAUUUGGAUGAACAUAACGGAUUAGUCUUGAACUUCACAAUAAUUAAAACAUUUCCGGAAGCAACUCAAGGACAUUUUGCAUUAGUAGGAGCAUCAAUGGGUGAAUAUAUUGUGAAUACUGGAAUCGAUGUACAGAUGGACUUAUGUGACAUGCUUGAGGAACCUAUUAUACUUGGUCGUUUUCUUCGGGUAUUCGGAUUUUCUGAAGACAAUUGUCCACCUAAGAUUGGUGUGUAUGGAAGUGAAGGUUAUGAGAUACCAACAGACACAUUGCCUGAUGACUUCCCACCUAAUAAAUAUUUAGCAAUUUUCGAAAUUUUAGGCGAGGGAAAGUCGCUAAUAGUAGCACAUAUAUACUUUAGUAUUCAAUAACACGAGAUGUUAUUUUUAUCGCGAAACUAUUGUAGUCAUCAAAUGUAAAUACUUUUCGAUUUGGAAUCAUGGAUCCUAAUAAAAGAUAACUGCCCGUAAUAAAAUUUUCUGAUAAGCACUUGUAUGGCCGUGUAUGAAUCGUCGAUAUCAGGAAUGAUAUGGAAAUUGGCCAGAUCUGAACUUAUAUAGACAUGUCAGGCUAUAUAUUCUAAUCGUACAAAUUGAAUUACAUAUUUUAUUACGAUCUCCUACUCGACUUUGGAAUUCGCAGCAAUUUUCGGUCACUAGGUACCUAACCUAUAAGAUGGUCGUUAAUUGCAGAAGUCAAGAUCUUAAGCAACACCUAGAGGGUGCGAAUGCGAGUUAUAGGGGGCGCUUACUGAGGCCAUACAAAGGAAUGAUCACGAGGUAUCAGCCAUUUUAAUCAUCAGUCAUGGAAGACAUCUUGGGUUGCUGGUCAGUUUCGUUAAACUCAUUACCAGAGCCAGGAUUUUUACUUUGAAUUAACCUUUCGUUACUCGCGUCCACUCGCCCGACGAUUUUCAUCGCACGGCGAGCACUGUGCCGCCCAUGCUAAAGGAAAUGCGACGUUGCCAAAUUAUAAUGCUAUAAUGAAUUAUUUCUUACAGUAACAACAGUAAGUUUGGCAACGGGUUCACAAAAAUUGAAUCGACGAUUUAACUCGCGUAAUGAGCACUGUGCCGCUUUUUCACAUUCUUGUAAUACACACCCGAUGAAAAAAGAUUUUAUACAAUUGUAUAAAAUUAUAUACAAAA